GUGCAGUAUGCCAGUGGAGCAGGCCCCUGAGUCGUUGCUGAAAAGCAAAGCCUGCUUUGGAGCUGAGAACCUCAUGAGAGUUCUGGGGAACUAUUGUCGUCUUGGCAAAGUGCGCACCCACAUCCGCGUGGGCGUCGUGGGCCUUCCCAAUGUUGGGAAGAGCAGCCUGAUCAAUAGCCUGAAGCGAAGCCGUGUGUGCAGUGUGGGAGCUGUUCCUGGGGUCACCAAAUUCAUGCAAGAGGUUUACCUGGACAAAUUCAUCAGGCUGCUGGAUGCUCCAGGCAUUGUCCCAGGACCCAAUUCAGAGGUGGGCACCAUCCUGCGUAACUGCAUCCACGUGCAGAAGCUGGCAGACCCUGUGACCCCGGUGGAGACCAUCCUGCAGCGCUGCAACCUGGAGGAGAUUUCUAGUUAUUACGGCAUCUCUGGGUUCCAAACCACUGAACACUUUCUGACUGCAGUGGCCCACCGCUUGGGGAAGAAGAAGAAGGGAGGCUUAUACAGUCAGGAGCAGGCAGCCAAAGCUGUCCUGGCUGACUGGGUGAGCGGAAAGAUCAGCUUCUAUACACAACCACCACCCACCCACACUCUGCCCGCCCAUCUCAGUGCAGAGAUUGUUAAAGAGAUGACUGAGAUCUUUGACAUUGAGGAUACCGAGCAAGCUAAUGAAGAUACCAUGGAAUGCUUGGCCACUGGAGAAUCUGAUGAACUGUUGGGUGACACGGACCCACGCGAAGUGGAGAUCAAGUGGCUCCAUUCUCCGAUGGUGAAAAUAGCAGAUGCCAUUGAAAAUAAAACAACCGUCUAUAAGAUUGGAGAUCUUACUAGGUAUUGCACCAAUCUGAACCAUCAUCAAAUGGGGUGGGCUAAACGCAAUGUGGAACACUGCCCCAAGAACAACAGUGUGAUGGAUGUCUGCCUAGUGGACCGCCGCCCGAUGCUGCAGAGAAUCAUGGAGACGGACCCACUGCAGCAGGGCCAGGCUCUGGCAUCUGCCCUGAAGAAUAAGAAGAAAAUGCAGAAGCGUACAGAUAAAAUCGCCAGCAAGCUGUCUGAUUCCAUGAUGUCUGUCCUCGACCUCUCUGGCAACACUGAUGACGGUGCUGGUGACUGAUUGAUCUCACUUCCCUACCCCUCCAAUCACUAGUUCCAGUGGGAUAGUUUUGGAGUCUGGGAAGUCCAAGGUUCAGGAG